GCUUGCCUCCAUCACAAAGGCAGGAAGCCCGAAUGCCCGUCGAAGCUGCUGCUGGCGCCCGCUUGCCAUCUUGACUGACGCCUCGCCUGAGACCUGAGACCUCGUAAACAGUUUUUGGCCUUUGCUCGACCGCGCUUGAAGCGACGGGGACGCUAUGUCGAAGCGCAGAAUCGAAGUCGUGGAUCCCUAUGUCAAACGGAAAGCCACGGACAGCAAUGUUUCCAACAAUGCAACAAUCCCGGGGUCCACGGCGGCGAAGAGCCAAGUGCAGUUCAAUCCAUAUACCAUGCUGCCAUACACGCCAAGAUACUACGAACUUUACAAGAAGAGAAUAACUUUGCCUGUGUUUGAGUAUCGUACCGAUUUUAUGAGAUUGCUGUCCCAGCAUCAAUGCAUCGUUCUUGUCGGAGAGACAGGCUCUGGCAAAACCACGCAAAUACCGCAAUGGUGCGUGGAAUAUUCAAAGAGCAUUGGAUCCAAAGGAGUCGCCUGUACGCAGCCGAGAAGAGUGGCUGCGAUGAGCGUGGCUCAAAGAGUUUCAGAAGAGAUGGACGUUUCCUUAGGUCAAGAAGUAGGAUAUAGCAUCCGUUUUGAAGAUUGUAGUUCGCCGAAGACUGUGCUGAAGUACAUGACCGACGGUAUGUUGCUUCGGGAGGGCAUGUCUGAUCCCAUGUUGGAUGCCUAUCAAGUGAUACUGCUAGACGAAGCUCAUGAAAGAACGUUAGCUACUGACUUGCUGAUGGGUGUUUUGAAAGAAGUGAUCAAGCAGAGACCAGACUUGAAACUUGUGAUUAUGAGUGCUACAUUGGACGCUGGGAAGUUUCAGCAGUAUUUCGACAACGCACCGCUCAUGAACGUACCUGGUAGAACGCAUCCAGUCGAGAUAUUUUACACGCCUGAGCCGGAAAGGGACUACCUGGAGGCGGCGAUUAGAACUGUCAUUCAGAUACAGAUGUGCGAGGAGAUUCCCGGGGACCUCUUGCUGUUCUUGACUGGCCAAGAGGAAAUCGAGGAAGCUUGCAAGAGAAUAAAAAGAGAAAUGGACAAUCUGGGACCUGAAGUUGGUGAACUAAAGUGCAUACCAUUGUACUCGACACUGCCGCCGAAUCUCCAACAGAGAAUAUUCGAACCUGCCCCGCUUCCCAAAUCUAACGGUGCUAUCGGCCGCAAGGUCGUCGUUUCGACCAAUAUCGCAGAGACAUCGUUGACUAUCGACGGGGUUGUCUUUGUCAUAGAUCCUGGUUUUGCCAAGCAAAAAGUAUACAAUCCUAGGAUUCGUGUCGAAUCCCUUUUAGUGUCGCCUAUUAGCAAGGCUUCGGCGCAGCAGAGAGCCGGUCGUGCUGGCAGAACAAGGCCUGGAAAGUGUUUCAGAUUAUACACAGAAAAAGCGUAUAAAAAUGAGAUGCAGGAUAAUACCUAUCCUGAGAUUUUACGUUCUAAUCUUGGAAGCGUCGUAUUGCAAUUGAAGAAACUUGGAAUCGAUGAUCUGGUACAUUUUGAUUUUAUGGACCCACCUGCGCCCGAAACUCUUAUGAGAGCUUUGGAGCUUUUGAAUUAUCUAGCAGCUCUUGACGAUGACGGAAAUCUGACGGAUCUCGGCGCGGUAAUGGCAGAAUUUCCAUUAGAUCCUCAAUUGGCGAAGAUGCUUAUAGCUUCUUGCAAUCAUAAUUGCAGCAAUGAGAUACUCAGCAUUACUGCUAUGCUUUCAGUCCCACAGUGUUUUGUGAGACCGAAUGAAUCGAAAAAGGCCGCCGAUGAUGCAAAAAUGAAGUUUGCGCACAUUGAUGGCGAUCAUCUGACGCUGCUUAAUGUGUAUCAUUCUUUCAAACAACAUAUGGACGAUGUCCAAUGGUGUUACGACAACUAUGUGAAUUACCGAUCGUUGAAGAGUGGAGACAACGUAAGGCAACAGUUGAGCAGAAUAAUGGACAGAUUUGUAUUGAAACGCACUUCGACGGAUUUCAAUUCAAAAGACUAUUAUAUUAACAUCAGGAAAGCUCUCGUCAACGGCUUCUUCAUGCAGGUAGCGCAUUUAGAGAGAACGGGACAUUACCUGACCAUCAAAGAUAACCAGGUGGUACAACUUCAUCCAAGCAGUUGUCUCGAUCACAAGCCGGAAUGGGUUAUUUAUAAUGAAUUUGUGCUCACUACUAAAAAUUACAUCAGGACAGUCACUGACAUUAAACCUGAUUGGCUGCUCAUGAUAGCGCCGCAAUAUUACGAUCUAAAUAAUUUUCCUCAAUGUGAAGCAAAAAGACAACUGGAGUUCACCCAAGCGAAAUUAGACUCAAAACAGUAUCAGGAAGGUUUCUAACCUCUAUAUACUUUAGAUGUGUUUGGAAAUCGCAAGAAACUGUCGGGAAUGCUCAGUCAAAAAUCUGCUUUUAUCGUGGCAAACUUCAGCACACGAUUUUCUCACCUAUCGAAGCCACAUCACAUACAAGACAUUGUAAAGAACACUUUAUGGAGAACACUUUCUGUCCUUCAAAAGACACGAAAGAAAUCUAUUAAAACCUUUAGAUUUUUGUAUAAGCUAUUAAUUAUUGGCUUGUACGGUGUAAAAAUUAAACGUUUGAAAAUUUAAUUUAAAUUUUUGAUAUUUAAGUUAAAAUAUGUGGAAGAAAAAUGGACAAUUAACUUGAAACACGCAGAUAAUGUAAUCGACAUAAGAGGGUUAUUUAUGUACAUUUAAGAGAAGAUUUAGUCUCUAAGUAAUUUUAACAAUAGAAUUCACAUUAAUCGACGUACAUAAUUUAACAUUCGAAACGCAUUCGGGAUGUCACUAGAUAUAAUAGAUUAAUUUUUGUAUUAAAUGUUGACCGUAUUAUGUGAAGAAGGUAUAUAAAUGGCCACUAUAUUUAACAAAAGAUAAGGUCUUGUAUUUGCCUAAAAAAGAUUUUUUUUUAAAAAGAAUUGUUUCUUCUGUUGUAAUAGCGUGUCACUCUUUUUGCGGUGGACUCAGAUUUAUGGGAUCAUAAUUUGAUGUGCUUCGUAUUCUGUAUGCCUCCCCAUAAAGUUAGAGUAUGUUCCAGCGUGCACGGUGGCAUUUUUUAAUGAAAUGAUUAGUGAGAAUGCUUAUAAACACGCAUAAACUUUUUACUAAAGAGAUAUAGAACAUAAAAAAAAAUAUUUCUAGACACUUCUCCUACAUCUGAAAGAAUCAAAUUGAUAAAGAAAAAAAUAUUUAUGAUAUAUUAAUAUAAUAAAAGUCAUAAGUCAAAGCACACAUUACAUACACACACACACACACACACACACACACGUACACAGACACAGUGGCCAGUUUAUGAAAAAGCAGCAUUCAGUGUAAUAAAGCAUCUUUAUUAGCACCUGAAAAGAAAAACUGAAUUUGCGUAUCCUAUAUGUUUAUUGUUUAUCAUUGAUAUUCUACACGUAUUAACAAUAAAUAUGUGGAUUUUUUUUAUGGGCAAGAUCAAAUAAUUCUGUCUCGAAUGUUCAGUGAAUUCUAUAAUUAACUCGGCAAUUGUUACAGUCACCAGCUGUAACUGUUUCUCUUUUGUUAUAACUCCGACAUAACGAGAUAUAUUUUUCGAUUUUGUAAAUAAAUGUGCGUGAAAAAUGGUCUUUAUGGAAAUGCGAAAUUAGUUAUAAUAGAUAAUGUUUUAUUGCGUUACACGUUUCAUUCCAAUAAACACAAGGCUUUUAUCUCAAUAUUAA